GUAUUUUGAGUUUUAUGAAGGGCCUUUGGAAUACAACUCUACCAAAUGCCUGGAAUUACGGCAGGACAUCAUUGAGGUGAAGGUUUUGUCUAUGGUGAAACAAACUGAAUUGUUUGACAGAUGGAAGAGCCUGCAGAUGUGCAAAUGGGAGAUGAAUGUCACAGAAGCUAAUUUAUUCAAGUCUACUUUGUCAAGGUGUUGCAAUGCCCCUGCCUUUCUGUUCACCACCCAGAAAAAUACUCCCUUGGGAACUAAACUGAAAUAUGAAGUGGAUACUAGUGGGAUUUUCCAUAUCAACCAAGAAAUCUUCAAAAUGUUUCCAAAGGAUAUGCCCUACCAUCGCUCCCAGUUUAAGAAAUGUGCAGUGGUUGGGAACGGAGGGAUUCUGAAGAACAGCAGAUGUGGCCGGGAGAUCGACAGUGCAGACUUCGUGUUUCGAUGCAAUUUGCCUCCGAUAUCUGAGAAAUACUUUACGGACGUUGGGGUGAAGACGGAUGUCGUGACUGUCAAUCCCAGUAUAAUUACUGAGAGAUUUCAUAAGCUGGAAAAAUGGAGGAAACCCUUCUACGACGUGCUCCAAGUCUACGAGAACGCUUCCGUGCUGCUACCGGCAUUCUACAACACUCGCAACACAGACGUCUCAAUCCGGGUGAAAUACGUCCUGGAUGAUUUUGAAUCUCAGCAAGCUGUUUAUUACUUUCAUCCCCAGUAUCUCAUCAACGUCUCGCGCUACUGGCUCGGCCAAGGGGUACGGGCCAAGCGGAUCAGCACAGGACUGAUCCUGGUGACUGCCGCCCUGGAGCUCUGCGAAGAGGUUCAUCUUUUUGGCUUCUGGGCUUUCCCCAUGAACCCCUCAGGGAUUUUUAUAACUCACCACUACUAUGACAAUGUGAAACCUCGCCCUGGUUUUCACGCUAUGCCCUCGGAAAUCUUCAACUUCCUCCACAUGCACAGCAAAGGGAUUCUGCGGGUUCAUACAGGGACCUGUAGCUGCUGUUGACUGGGACAUUUCUUCCUCUGACACAAAAGUGUAACUGGAACUCAAUGCCUGUGUAUGGCGUAGGAGGUUUUAUUACACCCUGAGAUUAUGCAAUAAUUGUUUGAUAUCAAUUUUCCUCAAGGCAUCCCAUAAAAUCUGGGAUACCAGCAUCUUUCCUUCUAGCAGAGUUGGGUCCGUAACAGUGUGGGAGAAGCAAAACUCUUUUGUCC